UUGAACGCCAAGAAGUGGUCACCAUCUGAUUGGUUUUUCCACAACACAAGUCUUUCGAACCCCUUCAAUCUUUUGCUAGGCUUAUCCGACAUCUGUGGCAACGUUGAUGAACUCCGGAAAUCGCUCCCACAUGUCGACCUUGAAACAGGUCUAAAAAAUCGGGAUUUCAACAAAACGCUGCUUAGCUGGGAUGCCGACACAGCUGCACCAAUUUCAAAUUCAGGCAAGACUACCCCCAGAGGUAGCAGCAACUUAGGCAAUGUGUUUUUGGUUUCUUUUAAUGACCGCAACAUUAUAACCGGAGAAAGCUGCACAGACUUUGACAUUUCUGAAGAAAUGAAACCAGUUGGCCCUCGUCGACGAUCAGAUGCUGGAAAAAACACGAUCACUGGGGAGAACUGCAGUACUUACGAUGUGAAUGUAGAAAACGCCAAGACCGGUAGAGCCCGUGUUCGAGCUCGGUCCGAGAGCAAAAGGAUCAAUCCACUGAGUGGUGAAAAUGUGAGCGCUUUUACCAUUUCUAAGGAGGAGAAAAAAAGACCGACGAAGCCUUAUGUUUACACCAACGCGGUGACGGGCGAGAACUGCCAGAGCUACAAAAUAACUCCCAUCGAGCGCAACGUCACCGCGCGUCCAAACACCGCGCCCUCAAAUCCCCUCCUUGGCGAAAACACACAGCACUACAAAUACCGAGUUGGAGAAAAAGAGAAAUCAGUGAAGUCGCGUGACAUUAGUUCACCACUCACGGGACCAGGUUCGCGAGGAACGACCUACUCAAUCUCUGUGGAAGAGCGUCGCCGACAACCUUCCACCGCGAAUUCAACAAGGAAUGUUUUGACGGGCGAGAACUGCUCCACCUACCAGAUCUGUCAAGAGAUGCGAAGCGAACGAAAAAGUUCUGCUCCACCUACCCCUAGAGGUAUCCAACCAAGUUAUUGUAACCCACGCCUCGUACCCUUCUCUGGUUGUCUAUAA